AUGUUCGCGCUCAUCAUUGUUCAUUUCUCUUCGUCCAGCCGUAGCAGCAUGAAGAUGAUGAAGGGCAAGCAUGUGGUCAUCACCGGCGGCUCCACUGGCAUUGGUUUCGCCUGUGCCAAGCGUUUCCUGAGAGAGGGAGCCUCGGUUACCCUGAUGGCUCGGAACGCAGCCAAGCUGGAAGAGGCAGCGCGGGAGCUGCAGCAGUAUACGAGGGAGUCUGCUCACAACGGAACCAACGGCUUCUUUCCUACUCCCAGAAUCUUCACUCAGGCAGUGGAUGUCUCUGAUGCCAAGGCGGUGCAGGCAGCCAUAGACGCAGCAGCUGCUGCGUGCCCCAUAGAUGUGCUGCUGUGCAAUGCUGGAGUGGUGCGCACAGGCCAUGUGGAGGACAUUUCCGCACUGCAGGCCCAGGAGCAGGUCAACACGAACCUGCUGGGAAGCAUCUACCCUGUGCAAGCUGCAGUGCCGCUUUUGAAGGAGAGGGUUGCUCAAGGAGCGGAGCCAGGUGCCAUUAUCUUCAUGUGCUCACUCUCUGCUCUGAGCUUUUGGUAUGGUGCAGCAGUUUACACUGCUACCAAGUAUGGGGUCCGAGGCUUUGCAGAAGGUCUUCGUCUUGAGCUGCUCCCAUAUGACAUAUCGGUUUCCGUUGUCUGCCCAGGCUUCACGGACACCCAUCUUCUUGAUGACGCUGAAGCGUCUGGUCAGUACCUUACCAAAUUGAUGGAGGUGGCAUCGAUGUACGACCGCAACAAGAUAGAGAACCCUGACAUUGUGGCAGAGAGAACAGUGGCAGCUGUUCGAUCUGGAGAAUUCCUUGUCACAACGUCAUCCGGCUUCCUUCCUUUCUCACUUGCUCUGCUCUCUCGAGGGAUUUUCCCAUCCAAGUCGGUUCCUCCGAGGGUGAAGGAAGUUAUUGAUUCCGUUAUCUCCGUUCCAUUACACGACAUAGCGAAGCCUCUUUCGGAGUUCAAGUGGACUUAUGACAAGGGCGACGUGCUGCACUGGGUAGACCUUUUAAACCACUUCGACGCCUUCCUCGAAACUUCCGUGAAAUCGCGCAAGGAUUUGCAGUUAGAGGGCCGUUUCGCGGGCGUGGAUCCGCCGUUCCCUCGGGAUGCGGUGCUGCAGGUGCUGCGUGUGUCGCGCGUUAUCCUUGAGAACUCCGUCAACAAACACCUCUACGCCUCCAUUGAGCACGUGUGCACGCUGCUCGCGAGCACGGACCUGGACGUGCUAUCAGCGAGCAUGGAACUGCUCUCAGUGUACGGCAAGAAGCCCUUCCAGCCAUGCCACUCCUCUCCCCUCACCUCCUUUCUCCUUGCUCCCCAUCCACCCGCCCAUCCCCGCCCCGCCUCACAGCAUGUGUGCACGCUGCUCGCGAGCACGGACCUGGACGUGCUAUCAGCGAGUCUCGAGCUGCUCUCAGUGUACGGCAAGAAGCCCUUCCAGCCGGGCCGCAGCACUCGCUGGCAUGCGGACCCCGCCAUCACAGCGCGCCUCUUCGCCCUCGCGCAGGCGUGGGGCGGCAAGGAGGAGGGCCUCGGCAUGCUGCCCUGCGCGCUCCAGGAUGGGCUGGACGCGUCCGCUCUGGCCCUGGGAGGGACGCUGCACUUUGAGUUCUAUGCAGAGGGGCCUGCUGGAGUGGGGGCGGUGGGGCAGGGUCAGGGGCUGGAGCACGUGCAGCAGCAGGGAAUUUCUGAGCUCGACUUCCUCCAGCGCCUAGUAGACCAAUACUCCGUGCCCUCCACCCUCCGUUUCUCCCUCCUCACCCGCCUCCGCUGCGCCUACUCCUUCCCGCUCCUCGACUCGCGCCGCCGCUUCCUCUGUGUGCGCCUGCUGGCCUUCCGAGUGCUGCUGCUCGCCACACCCGACCCAGACGAGCUCACUGCGUUCUUUGCCAACGAGCCUGAGUUCGUCCCGGAGCUGAUUUCGCUGCUCAAUGCGGAGAGCCUGGUGCCUGAGGAGGUUCGGAUGUACGCGCUGCUAGCCCUGGCUGCCAUGGCGCAGGACCGGCCGCGCCAGUCCACGGUCCUCAGUGCCAUCAGCACCGGCGGCCACCGAGCCACCUUGCCGAGCCUGAUGCAGAGGACCGUGGCUCAGCUUGGGAAACCAGGAGGCUGCUCGCCGAAAUUCGUUGACGCGCUAUUGGUCCUCAUUGCUGCUCUGGUAUCCUCCUCGUCCGGGUGCACUGCGCUUCGGGAGGCGGGCUUGGUGCCGACCCUGCUGCCUUUGGUUCGGGACACCAAGCCUGAGCACAUGAGUCUGGUGACGUGGUCAGUGCAGAUCCUAGAGGCCUUCAUGGAUUUCUCCAACCCUGCAGCAGCACUCUUCAGGGAACUCAACGGGUUAGACAUGUGCGUGGACAGACUCAGGCUCGAGGUCGCUCGAGUGGAACCCUCUCUCUUACCUGUUCAGGGUUUAGGGUCUAGCAAAACCCUGGCUGGUGGUGCAGCUGGGGGUGCUGGUGAGGGGACUGCUGGUGGGGGAAGUAGCAGUGCCUCUGCUGGUGCAGGGGCCACUGGUAUGGAUGAGGAUCGCAAGGGCAAGGCUCCGAUGGUUGAAGAGGAGGGCGCAGGAGGGGAAGCAGGCGCAGGGGUGGGUAGCAGUGGUGGCGCAGCCGCAUCCGGGGCAUCUCCUGUUGCUGCUGGCGGAUCCACUGCAGCGCCAGCAGUGCUGACGUACCGGCAGCGCAGUCUCAUCAAAGCCCUGCUGCGCGUCAUCUCCUUGGUCAGCUUUGCGCCAGGCAGCACCGUCAGGCUCGCCUCAGCCUCCCCCGAGCAAGGGGGCAUGGGGCGGCUGCCGGACUGCCUGGCGGCCGUGUUUCGGCAUGCGAGGGAGUUCGGGGGAGGUGUGUUUGCGCUGGCGGCGUCGGUGAUGAGCGAGCAGAUCCACCACGAGCCCACCAGCUUCGCCAUUCUGGAUGCCGCUGGGCUGCCCAAGACAUUCGUGGAUGCUGUCAAGGCUGGCGUGCUGCCGUCAUUAGAAGCUAUUUGCGCCAUCCCCAAUGCGCUCCUCGCCUUCUGCCUCAACCAGCGUGGCCUACAGCUCGUCACAGACUCCCACGUGCUCGCCUGCCUGCCCGCCCUCUUCACCGCGCGCCAGUACUCCCGCCCCCUCGCGGGGGACACGGCGUCCGUGCUGGGAUCCGGGCUGGACGGACCUUCGCACAUGGUGGUUCCCCCUCCUCUUCCCCCUGUUUCUCGCCCCUUUCCAGGCGUGCUGCCGUCGUCAGAGGCCAUCUGCGCCAUCCCCAACGCGCUCCUCGCCUUCUGCCUCAACCAGCGCGGCUUACAGCUCGUCACAGACUCGCACGUGCUCGCCUGCCUGCCCGCGCUCUUCACCUCGCGCCAGUACUCGCGCCCCCUGGCGGGGGACACGGCGUCCGUGCUGGGGUCCGGGCUGGACGAGCUCAUGCGCCACCAGGUGAGCCUCCGCCAGCCCCUCAUGGGCGCCGUUGUGGGCGCGCUCAGGGAGAUUGCACGCAUGGGGGGGCUGGAGGAGCGGAAGGGGAGGCGAGCGGGGAGGGGAGGGGGCGAGGGAGGGGAUUCGUGGGAAGGGGAGAUGCGGGGAGGAGGGGAUGGUGGAGGGGAGGAGGGGGUGCGGGCGAAGGAGGAUGAUGCGGAUAGUGGGAGGCCGGUGGGGAGUGGCGGGGGUGGGGAGGAGGGGGCAGCAGGAGUGGGGGGAGGAGCAGGGGUAGGUGCAUCAGGGGCAGGUGCAUCUGGGGCGGGUGCGUCAGGGGAAGGCGCACAAGAACAGGGUAGCAGACCGGGUGGGGAGGGAGACGCGGCUGUGCCUAUGGAAACAGAUGGGGAGAACCAGGGCGCAGAGGCAGCAGCAGCAGCAGCACCAGUUGCUGCAGCAGCCGCAGGGGAGCAGGCAGGGGUUGAGAUCGAUGGGGACCAGAGUGCCCCUCCAGGGACAGCAGGGGAGGCACUGGCUUCUGGCGUGGUUGCAGAAGAGCCAGCGGUUGAGGCAGCGGGUGCUGAAUCGGCGGUUCCUGGUUCGGAAGCAGUUAUGGCCGAGGCGGAACCGGCAGGGGCAGGAGCAACAGAAGCAGCAGGGGCAGAGGCAGCAGGAACAGGAGCAGGAGCAGCAGGAACUGGGGUUGUUGCUGCUACCGGCACUGCCACCACCACUGCCAUCACCACAAGCAGCAGCAAGGAGACCCUCACCCCAGCAGAGCUAGAGGCGUUCCUCCCGGACUGCAUCAGCAACAUGGCUCGCCUGCUAGAAGCCGUUCUCUCCAACGAGGCCAGCAGCCGCGUCUUCCUUGAUCUCCGCGGCCUCGACGCACUCCUAGCGCUCUACACGCUGCCGCGCCUGCCGCUGCUCUUUGGCACGUCCCCUGCCGCUCAGGGGAUCUCCAUGACCAUGCGGGCGUUUGGGCCCAGCCACGCCUCUGCUGUGUCCCGCGGGGUGGCUUCCGCGCUCAAGAAGCAUGUCAAAUGCGCCAUUGCGUUUGUUACUACGUCCCUCUCGUCCUUCUCCCUUGCUGCCGCACCUACUGCUUCUGAUGCUGCUGCUGCGGGUGCUGCUGCCACAGCCGCUUCAGCAGGCCCUGCUUCUGCCCCUCCAAGUGCUGCUGCUGCAGGAGCUUCAGGUGCAGGCUCAUCUGCAGUAACAAUCGGGCGGCGCCAGUUGUCUGACUUGGACGUGGAGUCACGGGAGUCGCUCCUGCGCGCCCUGGGAGUAGCAGAGAGCCUGCUCUCCCUCUCCGCCGUGUUAGUGCGCGCCACUGCUCUCUCUGUCCCCGACCUCGCAUCAUCCAGUGGAGAGGUGUUCCGAGACGUGGCUGUGCUUCACAGGGAGGCGCUCUGGCAGCUUGCAGUUCUGGAGCACAAGGGAGUGCCGCCGCCCGCCCCUGCUUCUACCCCUGCUGCUGCUGCUGCUGCAGAAGCUGGAGGUGGUGCAGGGGUAGGAGGGGCUGGGGGAGGAGAGGGAGCAGGUGAGGGCGGAACGGCUGUUGGAGGGUCAGGGGCAGGGGGGGAAGCAGGGCAGGGUGCGGGUUCUGUGGGAGGAGAUGCGCCAGCAGCUGCAGGUACGCCUGCUGCCACCGCAGCUGCAUCGUCUGCUGCUGCACCAUCAGCAGGACCUUCAGAGGCAGCUGAACCUGCCACAGCAGCAGCGGCGAGCGAAGGAGCAGAAGCAGGAGGAACAGGGGGAACAUCAGGGGCAAUGCAGCAGGCGUUCCCAGGGGAGGCAGCGGACGAUCUGGAUCUGCUCAUGAUGGACAGUGACGUGGGCGCUGGCAGGCCCAUGCGCAACGGCCCUGGCUCCCUCUGGCCCCGCGGCGAAUUAGGGUUUCCGCACCGCAGCGGCAGCAGCAGGCACCUCUCACGCGCCUCUCGCGUUGUGCCUGAUGGUACAGGGCCUGAUAACGGUCCUGAGGCAGGGGUAAGCGGCGCGGCUGAUGCUUCUGCUGCUGCCGCUGCCGCUGGUUCUGCCGGUGUGGGGACCACAGAUGCUGCGGGGAGGAAGAAGCCAGAUGGUGCCGUACAGAAGGAGGUGCUGGGGCGGCUAGUAGUGGCCGUGCGUCUGUUUGAAGUAGCCGUGGGGAAGGCGAUAGUUCCUUCUCGAAGGCGGGACGAUGCUGUGGUGCUGACAGGCCAUGCCAAGGUGGCCUCAGCCGCCCUUGCACAGACCUUCCGGGAGAAUUUAGGGUUAGGGUUUGCCGGGUGCGACCCGGGGAGGAGCAGCAAUGUGGAGUCAUGCUCGAGUGAGGAGAUACUGGAUUGUCCGGCUGUGCGGUGUGUGUAUUUGGGAAAGGUUGUGGAUGAUAUGUUUGCGCUGGUGGUGGACCCGCGGCGGCACACGUGCAAUAGCAUGUUGUUGAGGUUCUUCCACGCGCACGGGGCUGUGAAGCAGCUGUUUGCGUCGCUGCAGUGGGUGGUGCGGGUCAUGUGGGCCGAGCAGGAGCGGCAGGUGAAGGAGCGGGAGGAGAAGGCUGAGAAGGUCGCGAAUGAGGAGAAAGCAGGAAAGGAAGCGGGUGGUGUGGGAGUAGAGGUAGCAGGAGGCUCAGUGGCCCAGAUGGAAACGGAUGGGUCGACCGAUGCAACACCUGCUGCAGUAUCGGGGGAGAGGAAGAGCACAGGUGACAGCUCUAAGGAUGGGGCCAACAAGGGCACAGGUUCUCUUGUGGGAUCCGGUUCCUUCUCGCUGCCUCCGUGGCUGCACUCCCCUCUGCAGAGCUACUUCCGUCUCAUGGACUGUCUCACGAACUCCCACCUCCUGCUCGCCCCCUCCUCCACCAGCAUCUUCCUCACCCACCAGCUCUCCCGCUCAGUUGAACCCGCCCCAGCUAAGCCUGAGGACUUUCUCAGGGCCAUGCAGUCGCAGGUGUUAUCUCUCAUGCUGGACGUGUGGUCCCACCCUCUCUUCUCCCAGUCUGGUCUUGCUGUCAUAUCCCCGGUUGUGACUCUGCUUACUCGGGUGCUUCAAGGUCUGAGUGAUUCUGCUCCAGCAGCAGCAGGGGGUUCUGCUGCUGCUGCUACUGCGGGUGCAGGGACUGGUGCGGGAACAGGCGGAGCGGCAGCAGCAGGGGCAGGGGCAGGGGCAGGUGGGUCGAGCGGCGCAGCAGGGCAGGGGGGUGGAGCAGCCUCCGCAGCUGCCCUGGCUGCUGCGGUGCUGGGAGGGCGGAUGCCGCCAGUUGCUGUACCCGCGCCUGUAGACGAGGCUCUGGUGGAGCUGAUAGUGGAAAUGGGGUUCCCUAGGGAGCGGGCAGAGGAGGCGUUGCGCCAGGUGGGGAACAAUUUAGAUCUCGCUAUGGAGUGGCUCAUUAACCAUGUGCCAGAUGAGCCUCCCUCAGAAGAAGACGAACUCGCUCGCGCGCUCGCGUUGUCUCUUUCUGGUAACGAUGGGGAUGGUGGGGGUGGGCCUAGUGCGGGUGGGCAGCAGGGUGGGGAGGAGGGAGCAGGUAAGGCAGGAGAAGGAAAAGAGGGGGAGGAGCAAGGGAAGGGGAAAGAGAAGGAGAAGGAGAAGGAAGAGGAGGAGAAGGGGGGAGAACAGGAGGGGCGGAAGGAGGUGAGGGUGGAGGAGAUGUUGGAAACGAUAGUGAGGGUGUUGAGGGACGGAGGGGAGGGCGCUGUGUUCCCCAUGACCGACCUCCUGCUCGCCCUCUGCAGGCGCAACGCAGGCACAGACAGGGCUGCUGUCGUGACGUUUCUUGUAGGGCAGCUGAAAGAGUCGUGCGGGCAGGUUAAAGACGUCGAUGGGAGCGAGAUUCAAGGCAGCAGUGAGGGGAGAGAGCGCAGAGCAGAGAAGGAGGAGGAGGAGCGGAAGGCAGCUGGUGAACCAUCUUUGCUGCAGCCGUUGCAAUCCGCCUUGGCGCACUGCCUGGCUGUGCUACUCUCUGAAGACCUGCCCUGCUCGGACAUAGCAGCCAAGGAGGGCCUCGCUGCCGUAGCUCUCCACAUGCUCUCUGCGUACGUCUCCUCUGUCUGCCCCGACUACCACCCCCCGACUCUGCCUCUUGCUGCGCUCGCCUCACCUCCCAGCAAGAGCAGGCUGCAGCAGCAGGGCAUUGCAGGGGUGGCGGGUCAGAGGGUAGAGGGUAGAGGAGGUGCUGAUGGAGUGGCAGGGGGGAAAGGAGGGCAAGGAGGAGAGGGGCGUGAGGGGCUUGGGGAGGUGCCCAAGUGGGUGCCGUCUCUGUUCCUCGUGCUGGACUCCCUCGUGCAGUGGAAGGUGCCUGGCACAGGGGCGCGAGGGGAAGCGGGCACAGCAGGGGCAGCGGGAGCAGCAGGGGCAGCAGGGGCGACAGCAAGCACAUGGGGAGCGGCAGCAGCAGAUGCACCUAUCUCCUUUGCGUCUAUACUGGCAGGUGUUGCAGGUGGGGCAGGUGGGGCAGGAGCGGCAGCUGCGGAUCCAGGUGCACCCGCUGCAGCACCUUCCGAGCCAGCUGGUACAGGUACUACUGCUGCUGCCGGGGCGUCACAGGCUCCAUCUGGGGCAGGUGUAUCUGCCACUGCCGCCCCUGCAGCCAGCAAGGCAAAGGAGCCCGCAGAGGCAGAGAAGCGAGAGGGCAAGGAGGAGAACCGUUUCACAGAGAUAGUGGGGCUAUCAACAGGAUACCUAUCAGACGACGAGAAGGCCCAGGCCAUGGCUCUCAUCUGCCCUCUCAUCCGCCGUCACCCCCCACCGUCUCUCUGCCAGGCCCUGCUCCACCUCGCCUCACGCCUCUCCCGCUCGCACCCCGUCGCCCUCCUCUUUCUGGACCAGGGUGGGGUGGCAGCGCUUCUCGCCCUCCCCUUCUCCUCGAUCUUCCCAGGGUUUGAGAGUCUUGUGUCGGCGGUGGUGCGGCAUGUGCUAGAGGACCCGUUCACGCUGCUGCAUGCUAUGGAAGCAGAGAUAAGGCACAGCCUUACCACACUGGCGACUCAGCACGGGGGGCGUGUGUCCCCUCGCGUGUUCCUGGGCGCUAUGAGUCCCCUUGUUGCGCGGGAUCCUUCUGCGUUUCUGCAGGCGGUGGGGAAUGUGUGUGAGGUGGAGAGCAUUGGUGGGCGGCAGGUGGUGGUGCUGAAACGGGAGAAGGAGAAGGAGAGGGAGAAGAAGGAGAAGGAGGAGAAGGAGAAGGGGAGGGAGAAAGAGAAAGGAAAGGAGAAGGGGGUUGGGGAGAAGGAACAGAGAGCAGGAGCAGCAUCAGAAGCCGCAGCAGCAGCACCACCAGGGCAACCAAGCACCUCUGCUCCAUCCCCAGCUCCAGGCCAUACCACUCACCACAACUCCUCACCGCUUUCAGCCUCUCCGCAAACCUCUCCUCCGCCUCCCCAUCCGCCCACGGGUCACUACAGCAAGUCAGCAGACGGCAAGGUGUUGACAUGGGUGUCUAAGUCAGGGCGGUUGCGUAAGGUCCCUUGUAGCUUUGCCUCUGUCGUUGACCAGCUCCUGACGUACUUGCAGCAGUUCCCGCCACUUGAAAAAGCACCUGAGAAGGCACCUGAUAACGCACCUGGGAAGCUGCCUGAGGGGCAUGGGGUAGCUGCAAUGGAGGUUGGGGUUGGUGGUGGUCUGGGAGGGGAGGCAAUGGAGGUGGACGCAGAGGGGGCUGGGAAUAAGGCAGCGGAAAGGGAAGGAGAGAAGGAAGGGGAGAAGGAGGCAGUUAAGGAGGAGAAGGAGAAGGCGAUGCAGCAGCAGCAGGAGGAGGAGGAGAAGGAGAGGGCGGAGUUUGCAAUCUCGCGAACCACGCUGGUGCUGCGGCUGCUCACAGAGAUCCUACUCGCGUAUUCUGCUGCCAGCACUCUCGUGCUCCGCAGGGAUGCAGAGUCUGCUGCUGCUGUGGGUGCUUCAGCAGCAGCUAUGGGUGCAGGUUCAGGUGCGUCAGCAGGGGCGGGCACCCCACAGCCGCACAGGGGAACCACAUCCCGCGCACACAAGCACACUCCAGACAAGCACGAACACAAAUCAAAGUCCGACCACCUCCACCAUCAGCACCACCACCACCAGCUACAGCCUUCACCAGGUAAGCCUGACUCAUCAGCAGGCGCAUCUGCAUCGGCAUGGGCAUCUCGAGGGGGUAUAGUGCACCACGUGUUGCACGAGCUGCUGCCAUACCUCAGCGACAAGCCCAGCACCGCAUCAGCAGCAGCAGGAGGCACUGCAGCAGCGCAGGGCGGGUCCUCCCACCCGGGGCACCAUCGGCUGGGCACCCAGGCGUCUGCGUUCCUCAUUGCACUGUGCGUGCGCUCGGGCGAGGGCCGGCGCCGCGUGCUCUCGGAGAUUUCCAAGUCGCUGAGCCGGUUUGGGAAGGAGGAUGGGGGGAGGACAGGAGAGGUGCGGCAGCAGGAAAAGGCAGGAGCAGCUUUGACAGGAGCAGCAGCCGCAGCAGGAGCAGGAGCAGCAGGUGGAGUAGGGGAAGGUGGGGCAGCAGUGGUUUCGGGUGCAGAAGCAGCAACAGUUGCAGCUGCAAAGCUUCAAGUGCCCAACAAGCAGGUGAGGUCGUUCCUUGACCUCAUGAACGCACUGCUCUCCACGCAAUCGUCCAAUGGGAGCAAUCCACCUGGCGGCCCGGGCAGCUCUGCACAAGGCUCCGCCUUUGCUGCAGAAAUGGCCAAGACGGCUCUUGAAGUGGGCAUGCUGCCAAACCUCCUCGAGACUCUGAGUGUAAUUGAUCUAAACCACCCCGAUUCCCCGAAGCUGGUGAAUUCGAUCCUCAGGGCUCUGGAGGUGCUCACCCGAGCCUCAGCUUCGGAAGCGCGUGCCGAGCCUGGGAGAGGUCCGGCAUCAGGGCAGCGCGUUUCAGUGGGUGUAACCAGACCUGUAGGUUCGCGAAGGCAGGAAGCAGGCUCGGCAGGGGCUGGAGGGGUGCCGAGCCAAGCAGCAGUGGAAGGGGGGACAGCAGGGGCGGAACCAGGUACGAAUGGGGGGACAGUAUUAGGAGGAGGUGGGGAAGGUGGCGGUGCUGAUACUGCCAUGGGGAAUGCUGGGGGGGAGGGAGGGAGAGUAACGGCUUCUGGAGGUGAAGAUGCAGGAGCAGACGCUGGGAGUGAGAGGAUGCGAGGGGGUGAGGAGGAGGGGAGGCAGCAGGGAGGCGAGGAUACAGGUGGGGCAGGGGCGGAAGAGAGAAGGGCAAUGGAGCAGGAUGAGAGGCAUGGGGGGGAGGAGGAGGAGGAGGAAGGGGGGAUGGCACAUGAAGCAGAGGCGAUUAUAAGAAGGGUGGAGGGCGGAGGGGGUAUGAGAGGGCCCAUGCAGCUGAGGUUCCAGAUCCGAGAAUUUGAUGAUAUGGGCGCGGAUGAGGAUGGGGAGGAGGAUGAUGUCGAUGGGGAUAUGGAGGGAGAGGAGGAUGGGGAGGAGGACGAGGAUGGGGAUGAUGAUAUUGAGGAUGGGGAUGAGGAGGAUGAGGAGGAGGGGAUGGAGGAGGGGGAUGAGGAGGAGGAUGAUGAGGAUGACGAGGAAGAGGAGGAGCAUGGGCAUGGAGGGGAGGACAACGGGCAUCUACCUCCCGGUGGCAUGGGCAUGGGGGAAGACAUGGAGGACCAUGAGGAAGAGGAGGAGCAUGCAGCCCGGGCCAUGCGCCGGGACUUUGCACGUGGGCUGGCAGAGGAGGACGAGGAGGAGGAGGAUGAAGGGGAUGAGGAUGAUGAUAUGGACGAGGAUGAGGAGGAGGCUGAUGAGGAGGAUUUGGAGGAUUGGGAGGAGGACGGAGGGAGGUUUAUAGAGGUGAGAUGGCGGGACGACGUCACGGGGGCCAAUCACGUGCAUCUGCUCGCGGGCGGCGCGGAUGUCGCCGGGCUGAUGGACCUGCCAGGGUUUAUGCAGCGGGAUGUGUUGAACGAUCCGUUGUAUGCGGAUAUGAAUGAGCCGGUGUGGGGGUGGGGGCGGCACCUCGCGAGUCACCAGCGCAGAGCGGCGGUGAGAAGCACGCUGCAGGGCCAGCAGCAGCUGGCGCUGGGGCAGGGGUCGGGGCAGGGGCAGGCUGGCCGGAUGGGAGCAGGCCCCUUGCAUGUGCACCCUCUGCUGGCUCGCCCGUUCGCCCCUGGGGCAGCACCGACAGACGCUGCUUCCGCGUCUGCCCCUGCUCACGCCGCUGCAGCACCAGGGUCGCGGCUCUUUAACCUCCUGGCGGGGAUGCAGGGCAUGAUGGGGGGAGUGGGGGGACCCAUGGGGGCUGGCGGGGGAGGAGGGCCAGGAAUGGAAGUAGACGCGGCGUUUGCGAGGGAUGUGGCUUCGCUAAUGAUGGCGUAUGAGAAUCCUUUCCUGGAGGAUAUGCUGCAGGCCCGGGGGCUGCUUGACCCUCGAGCCAUGGGCGGCAUGGGCGGCAUCAUGGGCGGCAUGGGCGGCGUGGGCGGCAUGGGGAUAGGGCAUCCGUCGGGGGUGGAGUUUGAUCCGGGGAGGGCGAGGGCGAUGGGGGUGAGCGGGCUGGGGCCGGUGGUGGGGGGCGCGGCGGGGCGAGGGGAGUUCGGGAGGGUGAAUCGGUGGACGGAUGAUGGGCUGCCGCAGCCUGCAGGGACGGGUGCUGCUGUUGCUCAGGCGCUGGAAAGUGCUUUCCUGCAGACCAUGCAAGGGGUGCGAGAGGCAGGGAGAGGGGGAGGGAGGGAGGGAGGAGAGGCGGGGGGGCAGAGAGGUGGUGGUGUGGGGAGGAAUGGGGAGAGGCAGCAGGGGAGGGGGACGGGAGGAGAGGAGCAGCAGCGGCAGCAGGGGGCGGGGCAGGAGGAGGGGCAAAGGGAGCAGGAGAGGGAGGCGUCAGGGGCAACGGCUGGAGCUUCAGGUGGUGCGGCAGCGGAUGCAGCCGCGGGUGCUUCAGGUGGUGCAGCAGGCACGAGCACAGGCGGAGCAGCAGCAGCAGCAGCAGCAGCAGCAGACGAGGAGGAGGAUCUGCCAGAGAUCGACCCAACCUUCCUGGAGGCUCUACCGGAGGACCUGAGGGCAGAGGUGCUAGCCUCCUUCCACGUGGAGCGAGCUGCCCGCCAGGCCCGCCAGAGACGCGCCCAGCAGCAGGCCGCACAGCCACAGGGGCAGGCAGGGGGAGGCACGGCAGGGGGAGGAGCGGGGGGAGCGGGGGCCGCCGGGGGAGCAGGGGGAGCGGGGGGAGCAGGGGGGACGGGAGUGGGAGAGGGAGCAGCAGCAGGGCUGGGAUUGGAGGAUACGGGGGAGCUGGAUCCGGAGUUCUUAGCAGCGCUGCCCCCGGAUAUUCAGGCGGAGGUGCUGGCGCAGCAGCAGGCGCAGCGCCUCAUGGCGGCAGCAGCAGCAGCAGGUGCGGAUGGGCAUCCUGUGGACAUGGAUAGUGCGUCCAUCAUUGCAACAUUCCCUGAGGAGCUGCGAGCAGAGGUCCUGCUGACCUCAUCAGAAGCAGUGCUAGCAUCGCUCCCGCCCGCCCUGCUAGCCGAAGCCCAGCUGCUGAGAGAGCGGGCCAUGCAGCAGCAGUACUCCAUUCGUCACCAGCACCCCGCCCACCCCCACCACGCCAUCUUCGGGGGUCCCAUCCGCCGCUCCCCCGCUGUUGCUGGCGGUACCACUGCCCACCGCCGCCCGCCCCACCCGUUCGCUGUGGCUGCUGGGGAGGGCAGUGUGGGAGAAUUCACCAGGGGGUUCAUUGCAGCGGGGAUGGGGAGGAGGGAGCGGGAGAGUGCUGGGGUAGGGGCGGGGGCAGGGGCGGGAGCGGGGGCAGGGAGAGGUGGUGGGGAAGGGGGAGAGGAGGAGAAGGCGCCAGUGGUGGAUGAGAGGGCGCUCAAGGCGCUCAUUCGCCUGCUGCGCAUCUCCCAGCCCCUGCAAAAGGCUCUGCUGCCACGCCUGCUCACCAACCUCGCCUCACACGCCACCACCCGUGCAGCCCUCGUCCGCAUCCUUCUAGAUCUUCUGCGCCCUGAUGCUGAUCCAACGGACCAGCACCCCACGGGGCAGCAUCCAACGGACCAGAGUGCAGCAGGCGUGCAGGGUGCUGCAGCAACUGCAUUGGAAGGCAGUCAGGCUGCAACACCUGCAGCGGCUGCAGCUGCUGCUGUGGAUGGCAGUCAGGCCAAUCAACCUGCAGCGGUUGGAGUGGUUGCAGCUGUUGAGGAGGGUGUGAGUGAGGGUGGGGUAGCAGCAGACGGCGCCCCGCCCCACCAGCUGUACUGCUGCCAGUCCAACGUGGUGUAUGCGCGACCGCAGCGACCCAACA